GUCUGGGCACCACUACUAGAGAGGAAUAGAGAUGCAAGGAAGUGGCAUACUAGACCGUUUCCAUAUUUUAUGGCAUUGCAGGAGGUUUAUGAGGGGAGAUAUGCUGAAGGCAAACGAUCUCGUGGUAUAGAAGAUUAUGAAGAUAUCUCCCAAUCACCAGUGCACACCCCAACUCCAAGUGUUUUUACUCCAAACGAUUCAAGGCAACAAUCACCUACACACGAGACUGAGGAUGAUGAUAUCAUGCAAGUGGAACCGCCUAGUUCUCAACCACGGAAUCCUCACACUCAAAGUUCAAGCAAUGAAAUUCUACGGGGACUAAGAGAUCAAGAUGGACACAGAAGAAAAAGGGAACGAAAAGGGAAAAAGCCGCAAGAUUCAUCAUUCAAUAUGGAUAAAUACAUUGCAUUUCGAGAGCGCGAGAACAAAGAAUAUCUUGAAGUUCUCAAGGGCACUCAAGUUGUGGAGAAACACACAAUAGAAGAUUGCAUGAAGGUGUUUAAUGAAAUGAGUGGCAUUUUCACUGAAGAAGAAAUGUUCAAAGCUACCCAAAUUUUCAUUAAAGAUAAGAGUUAUCGUGAACUCUUCUUAUGUCUUCAAGAAGAUCAUAAAGUGCCAUGGCUCAAAAUGAUGUUCUCUAAAAUUGAGUAGAAGAUGAUUAUGAACUUGUUAUCCUGAACUUGAAUGUUUU